AUGUCUGGUUUCAUAUCAUCACAAACUUUGGUGUCUAUGGGAGUGGUGCUGAGCGCCGGUACGUCUUUGGGCUCGCAAAUGUCUGAAAUGAGUUCCGACAAUAGGAAUGGUAUGUCGAGAGAGGCCAUACAUUCGGUGUCUAUUUCGUGGACUAAUAUCCAAGUGUUGACUAAAACAAAGAAAUCUAUUUAUAAUUGUUUUCAAACCAAUGAAACCCCGAAAGAGAUCAUUCGUAACGUAUCAGGUGAAAUUAAAGCUGGAAGUUUGUUAGCUAUAAUGGGCGCCAGUGGCGCCGGAAAGACGACUCUAUUGAAUGUAUUGACGGCAAGGAAUUUAUCCCAACUGUCCGUCAAUGGAGUGGUACUCAUGAAUGGACAGACAGUCAGUCAACAGACCAUUGCAUCCAUUUCCUCGAUGGAAGUGAUCGGCGACGAGGAGCUAAUUAUCACCGGCUGUUGUAUAUCAGUCGCAGCCAUGUUUAGCCCUUAUACCACAAAGUAUAAUAAGUCGCAGCCAUGUUUGUAA